AUGGCCGGCCCCCCGCCCCCUCUCCCGCCCUACAUCGUAACCUUCGGGCCCAAGUCAAACUGCACCCUCGACAUCUGCCCGCUCGAGUACAGCCUGUACAAGUACCGCCCCAACCUGGCCGUCAACAUCCUCUUCCUCGCCCUCUUCGCCCUCGCCGGCGCCGUCCACGUCUUCCUCGGCAUCAAGUGGCGCCAGUGGUGGUUCAUGGCCUUCAUGCUAGCCGGCUGCCUCAGCGAGAUUGUCGGCUAUGUGGGCCGCAUCGUCAUGUACAAGAACCCGUUCGAGUUUAUCGCCUUCAUGCUCCAGAUCGUCUUCAUCACCAGCGGGCCUGUGUACUACACCGCCGCCAUAUAUGUUACCAUUUCAAAGGCCAUCGAAUCCUUCGCCCCAGAGCUCUCCCGCAUCCCCACAAAGUACAUCUACUGGCUCUUCAUCUCCUUUGACGUCUUCUGCCUCGUCCUCCAGGCCGCCGGCGGCGCCCUGAGCACCACCUCCUCGGGCAGCUCCGACGUGGGCGUCGACCUCGCCAUGGCCGGCCUCGUCAUCCAGGUCAUCGUCCUCGUCGCCUUUUGCUCGCUGUUCGCCGAUUACAUGAUCCGGUACACGCGGUCCGACGUCGCGCGGGCGCUGACGCGUCGCGAAAAGACGUUUUUCGGGUUCCUGGCGCUGGCGGUCGUGCUCAUCCUCGCGCGGUGCGCGUACCGUGUCGACGAGCUGAGUGAAGGGUAUUCAAAUUCGGAUAAGAUUACGAAUGAGGGGUUGUUCAUUGGGUUGGAGGGAGUCCUCAUCAUUUGUGCAGUCUUUGCGUUAUGCCUUGGACACCCUGGGCUUCUGUUUGGCAAGCCUAAGGCUUCGAACGGUGUGAGAAAGGAGUCGAGUGUAGAGAGCGGCACCGAGAGUGCCGCGGCGGAGGUGGAGCGCAAGUGA